UACGGCAGGGCCCAGAGAGCGGUUCAGUUUCUGCUUAAGUGGCUCACGUUCUUGAACCAAAUAAUGGAUUAAUUGUGGAUUUCAUAUAGAUAAUAAAGAAUUAUCAGUUUAAAAACAAAAAGGAUACUGACUAAAAAACAAGCCAUGGGAAAUACACAGACGCGUCCAUUGGAGAAUCGUGGUUCUGCUUCUCGAAGAAGUAGCAUUCUGUGGAACUUCAGAUAUCCAACAAGUAGUGUUCGAAAUCGAGAGGAUUUAUCCGUGAUGGUCCACAACUCCCGGAUGAGCAUUACCGACUGGCUGGAUCUUCUAGAACUGCAGCAGUACGAAGGCAACCUGCAGGAGUUCAGCAACGUGGACGAUGUAGUAGACAUCACCGACAAGGAGCUAAAACGGUGUGGGGUACGUCCUGCCCAUCGCCAGAAGAUGUUCAAUAGUCUUCUGGGUGUGCGAGCUAAACGUCGACAGUCCAUGAAUAUAGAAGCCUUAUCACAUUCAGGCGGUCUGGAUUCAGGAGCAAGGGGAGUACCAAUGCGCAAAAAUUCCUGUCCCAUGGUUUAUCUUGGAGACAAGUCACUCGAAAUGACUAAAAAUAAUGAUAACCGAUGCAGUGUUAUUACUACAAAAAGCGGAAAAGUUCUUAAGCAACUCCAGUUCGAGGAGCAUUCUCCCAUCUACGAGGAACUGAGACCGCGCUCGAAGUGCAACAGCCCGCAUUGGACGACUGGCGACUCCGAGAUGGACAACCAGGACAGCAGCACUGCCUCCACUCCGCAACCGAAUGGCCAACCCAAUCCCGGCGAUCAACAGGAGGCCUUGGCCCUGAAGAAGGCCCUGGAGUGGGAGCUGAGUCUGGAUGCUAGGGAGUUACGAUCUCAUGCCUGGUACCACGGAGCCCUGCCACGGCAGAGGGCCGAGGAGAUUGUGCAACGCGAAGGUGACUUCCUGGUCCGCGACUGUGCCUCCCAGCCGGACAACUAUGUUCUGAGCUGUCGCAGCAAGGCAGCUGUUCUGCAUUUUGUGCUCAACAAGUUGGUCCUUCAACCGGAAACUGUUUAUGAACGCAUCCAGUAUCAGUUUGAGGAGGAUGCCUUCGACACGGUACCGGAUCUGAUCACCUUCUACGUGGGAUCGGGAAAACCCAUCUCUGUCGCCUCAGGAGCACUCAUACAGUAUCCAUGCAACCGGACCUAUCCUCUCUCCUUCUAUGGCCACAAGAUCGUCGGGAAUCAGCUGCACACCCAGAUGCUGGCGGGUCUACGCGGACUGAGCCCUCUCAGCUCGCCCAUGGGCAACGGAGCAGGACUGCCGAACAGCGUUCCAGGAGUGUUCAACUUCGAGAGCCCACAACAGCAGCCACUAGGCGGAAAUCCCCAAAGCUCCCCUCCUCGGGUGCGUCGUGAAGUUCCACCGCCUCCGCGGCUGCCAGGAAAGAAACAGCAGCGCUCCCAGAGCCUGACACCAGCCCAGGCCAUGGUGGUGAGCAACAUAAACAAAAUGCAAGAGCAGCAACAGCUCCUGGCCAACGCCAAUGGCAAUGGAAUGGCGCGCUUCCAGACGAUUGCCAGGUGCAAUCCCACUAGUGAGCUGCACCUGGAGAGCAAGUUCUCCACCCACUCGCUUCCAAGAACCAGCACUUCCGCUGCCCAUGAACUGCGCCAGCAAGCUGCGGCCCGAAUUUCGAGUCUGGCCAGGAACUGUAGCCUAGACUUGACGGAGGACACUGGACCGCCGAGCCCGCCUCCCAAGCCACGCAAGGAGGCGGUGGCCGCCGUUCUGGCCUACCAGGCCAGUGGCUCGGACUCGGGGAACGGCUCUGGAGACUCUGCCCUUGGAGAUGCCAGCGAGGUAAGCAUCCAACGAGGUGUUGUCAUCAAGAAUCCCCGGUUUAUGAGCAGCUCAGCCUCCAAUGGAACAUUGAAAAGCUUCACGGACUUUGAUGCUCUAGCCUCUGAGGAACAGCUUUUCGCUAUGGCCAUUGAGGAGAUUAAACCAACCAGCAAGUUUGAUUUUGAAAACUUCAGCACUCUCUUACUGCCAUCCGUGGAGAACAAACCUCUAGACGGUGAUGCCCUAAACACCUUCAAGAUGAUGCUUUUGGAAACAGGUCCAAAGCUGCUGGCGGAGCACAUAACCCGCAUAGACGUUGGCCUCUUAUUGGAUGAGCCACCCAACGAGGACGACUACUAUCUAAGUUGCUCGGGACUGGAACUACUGACUUUGCCCCAUGGAAAAAUCAUUCGGGAGGACAUUAUCGAAAGGACACAGUGCAUAAAGCUUAUGGUGGCUGUGACCAUACUCACCUGUCAAACGGAUCUCGAUCGCGCGGAGCUACUCAGCAAGUGGAUCCAAGUUGCGGUGGAAACCAAGACUGCCUUGGGAAAUCUGUUUGGAUUCUGUGCCAUCAUGUUGGGGCUGUGCAUGCAACAGAUCCAAAAACUAGAUCAGGCCUGGCAUAUCCUGCGGCAACAGUAUACGGACAGCGCAUUCACCUUCGAGGCCAAGCUGCGUCCCACAUUGAGCAGUAUGAACGAAGCCUCCAAUCCCCAGGCUCCGAAUACAACCGUUCCCCAUGUCCUACUCUACUCCCUGCUGAUCGAUCGUCCUGUUUUGGACAUCCUAAAUUACACGAACAUCGACGAUCGUCCCACCUUGUAUCACACCUGCAUUGCUCCCUGGGAGUCCAAGGCCGAUGACUUCGGAAUGACCAUCAAUUACCAGCACUUGGAUGCGUCACGCGGCUUCCUAAAGAACUUGGAUCUAUAUCGAAAGAAUGCCAAAAUCAUUCUCGAAGAUGCCAGCACCCGGAUGGAUGAGCUACUGUCAGACGCUUUUCGAACUGAGUUCCACGUUAAAUUCCUUUGGGGCAGCUCCGGGAUCACUGCCAAGGCCGUCGAUCGUCACAGCAAGCUGGAGAAGGUGCUAAGCCUCAUGGCUGACAAGUUCAGCAUGAUGGCCGAAAGUAAUAGGCAAUAAUCUCUAAUCUCUGACCCGUCAAUAACCUCUUUCUGUAACCAAUGAGUUAUGAGAAUCAAUCACUUUUCUCCCAAGUCCAUGUUUCUAUAUAACCAUCUCCGAUUGCCGAUUAACCCUCCGCCAAUUUAAAAUUCUUGCUGUCUCUACCUCAGCCUGAGUAUUUAAUAAUUAAGCAGAUACACAGAAGCACUUUAUGUUACA